CGGCAAGGGCCAUGCUUUCCCGGAGCGUCCGCCGCCAUGGAGCUGGGGCAGGUGCCGUUGCUCUUCUCCCGCCUGCCCAUGUUCCCCUUCUUCGAUCUGGCGCACUACGUGGCCUCCGUCAUGGCGCUGAAGGAGCAGCGGGACCCGCUUCUCCUUGUCCUAAGCACAGAGACCGCCUUGUGUUAACGCAGCCACCUGUGGAGUGACUUCGGGCUGAGCUGGCGGAGGGGGUUGUGGAGCAAAGCGGGAGCUGCUGCCUGAUGCAAGUUUCGAGGCUCAGCACUCUGUUUACUUACCGAGACCUGACUCUUUGGUCACUUUUGAAGCUUGUCAAGGUGAAUGCUUGCUUCCUGCUGAGAGCUGUGGAAGUGUCAAUCCGCAGUCCAGUUGCUUGCUGGUUUAGUGCUAUGCUUUGCUGCUUUGGUGGAUCUGUUUUGUCUUCCUUGAUGCUUGGAGAACCUCCAGUAGCAUUUUUGGCAAAGACCACGAAUAUUCUGCUGGCAUCUUCAGUCUGGUAUCUUGUGUUUUACUGCCCACAAGACAAAUUCUACCAGUGCUUUGCGUUUCUGCCUCUUCGGCUUCUGAUUGCAGGAAUGAAAGAAGUGACUAGGACUUGGAAAAUAGUGGCUGGCGUUGCACAUGCAGACAGUCAUUUUGAAGAUGCCUGGCUUGUCAUGGUAGCUGUGGGCUGGGCCAGAGGAGCUGGUAGCGGCCUAAUCUCCAACUUCGAGCAGUUGGUGAGGGGAGUGUGGAAACCUGAAACAAACGAAUUACUGAAGAUGUCCUACCCUGUGAAGGUAACUUUGAUAGGAGCAGUUCUCUUCACUCUGCAGCAUAGCCAGUACUUGCCAAUAGCAAGACACAACCUCAUGUUUUUAUACACCAUCUUUCUUGUAGUUUCCAAGGUAACAAUGAUGUUGACAAGAUCUGCAGCUUCUCCAUUUGCUCCCAUUGAGUCCGCAUUAGGCCAUAUGUUCUUUGGCUUGCAAAAACCACCAUCCAAAGUGAAGAGUGAAGGUGCUUCAUCUUCCAGUGGCUCUUCAGUCUGUGACCAGUCUUCCCCCGAGCGGUCCUGUGAUGGUGUUAAGAAGAGACAGGCAAAGAAAACAGAAUAAGUAGCUUACAGUACUUGAUAACUUGUGAAGAUGCUUGUAUUUUAGAUGAGGCUGACAGAAAUAUUUUUUUAAAGAAAUUUAUUAGAGAUGAGAUUUGGGCUGUAUAAUAUUAUGGUGUUGUUUGCCUUCAGAAUGUUUUGUAUGCUUUUGGAAUGUAUCCAGAUGUCUAAGUGCACAUAUUGGAUUUCUAAGUCAAAAAAUUCACAUUUUUAUAGUGCUUUUAAGUUCAAUAAUUUUUGUAUUUAUUAAUAGCUUUAAAUACUUAGAUGCUAAAAUAACUUUCAAAAUGUGACAGUCAGCUUUGCUGUUUUUUUCUGGUAUAUCACUUGUUUCACUUCUCUUUUUUCUUCUUGAUUCUCAUGUUUCAUUUGGAUAACACAGACUUGCACUGUCAAAUGUUCACAGCACAAUGUCCCAAGUAGGAAAGCCUGAGUAAGGCUUAAACACAUUGCACUGUAAAACUACAAAAACAUAGCACAAUAAUGCCUUUAAUUACAAAAGUAAUGGAAUUACUGUUUCAAUUCCCACUACACUGGUCUAGACUAUCAUCAGUUAUUUAAGUCAAUAUUUUUUGCAUUUUUUUGUAUUUUUCAAAAUAAGAAUUACCUGGCACUUUUAAAAAUCUUUACAGUUAGAAAGUAGAAGCACUUCAGUAUUUUUCUUGUAGGCUUACUUUCACGCUUUUUGUAAAUAAGUGUUGAAUAUUUGGCUAUUUUUUGUGUUAUAUGUGCGAUUUUUUUUAUGUUGUUUCUAUUGUCUUUCAUUUUGACUGGGAUUAGACAUCUCUUUGCUCGCACUUUUAUCUAGGCGCAAGAAGUUUUUUUCUGUUCAAAGUUAAACAAACUUUUUUAAAAAAAGAAUACUGGACAGUACAUAUGCCUUGUUUAUCACGAAUUAUGCCCUGUUAUACAUGCUGUUAAUACACACAAAUACUAUUUUCUAGCAAUUACCUCUGGUGCUACUGAGGAAGAACAGUUACUACCAAAAGCACUAAAAGUAUUUAUUAAUGUAUGUUGGUAUUUGCUGUGUCCUGCUCAUUGCGUCUUUCUGCAGACAACAUGGAACAGUUGUCUUACACACUUCAGAACUGAGGUCUUUAAUGUUUCACAGAUGCUGCAUUUCGUAAGAUUCUAAUGUUUUCAGAGAAGUCUUUCAUUUGAUGUGCCAUUUUUAGUAUACAUUAAACUGUUUUUACAGAAUGA